ACUAAUGUCAAUUUAAUUUGUUUCAAAUGAGUCAAAAAGUAGAUUCGUAUGAAAAUAAAUAAGCUAGCAAAAUAUAGAAGAAUUUAAGAUUUAUUUACUGAUUUCAAACAUUUAUGUACAAUGACCACUAUGUCGGGAUCUUCAUGGGAAGAGUUGCGGAAGCAGGCCCGGCUGCUUGAAAAUGAUAUAGAUGUAAAGCUGGUGGCAUUUAGCAAACUCGGCGUGAGCUCCAGUAGUUCAGGGCUGAGCUCGGAGAGUGUGCCUCUCAUAAACAGUGAUGACAUGUUUGACACAAUGUCUAUGGAGCUCCAACAACUGUUAAAUAAGUUGUCCUCUAUAAACGACAAAAUGGCAGAUUUGGCUCCAAGUGGAACAGCUACAAUGCACACUAUAAAGAGACAUAGAGAAAUAUUAAUGGAUUACCAGCAGGAGUUCUCGAAGACAUCAGCGCGAGUGAACGCGCGGCGUGAACGUGAGGAGUUGCUGCGCGGCGCUAGUCCCCCGCCCGCCGCUACCAUCGGACUCUCGCGUCGUGACCAGUACUCCAAGGAGGCCAACCAUCUACACAGUUCGCACAUACUAGUGGACGAACAAAUCAACAUCGCGAUGGAGGCGCGUGAGCACCUCGCCUCACAACGACAGACAUUCAAACGAAUGCAGACCACAUUCAAUAAUAUCACUAACAGAUUUCCAAUGCUGAACAGUUUAAUCUACAGGAUCAAUGCUCGCAAACGUCGCGACUCACUCAUCAUAGGUCUCGUUGUUGCGGUCUGCACAUUCUUGUUGUUGCUAUAUGCAUUCCACUAAGUUCUGACUGGGUUGAUAUUAGGCGUUCUUACCACAUAACAUGACAUAAAUAUUAGUAUCAUCAAAGUAUGUAAUGUUCUUAAAAUAAUUGCUAAAUGCUGUGUGUUAACAAACUUAUUCCGUUCUACCUGUAAAUUAUUUUAGAUUUUACCACGAAAUUAUAAAGUUUAAAAUUGACUGGAUUAAUGUUUAUGACAUGCUAUUUAAGUAAAGGCGCGUUAGAAAGUUUUGGAACUGAGAGCGAAAAUAGUAUUCGUAUGUUGGGAAUGUUUUAGUAUAAAAUCCUACAAUAAUUAAUUUAUAUUAUUUUUUCCAUUUAUAAUAACUAUCAUAGCGACCUCUGUAAUCGAUUUUAGGAGCACAUAAUUAAAUCUUUUUAAACUUGUGCAAUUCUACACACACUAUUACUAACAGAAAAAAAUGUCGAUGUGACCACAGAUAAAAAUGUAGACAAUGAAGGCUAGUUUGUACUGUUGUAAGCAACAACUACAUGGUAACAAGACCAUUAUCGCUCGUAGCGCCAUCUGGCAAAUACUAAACUGAUAGUUUUCAUUACUUUACUGGAAUACUUGAGUUUGUUAUUGAAAAUAGAAAAAUAUUGGUUACUGUGUAACAAACUUGAUUUAAAUUGAAAUCCUUCAUGGCUAUUAAGUUAUUUAUUAUUGUUUGUAAAGUUUUAUUAAAGUAGUUACUUAGUGAGCGUCCUUCAAGCUCAUAAAUGGCUUCUUAUAGUUAGUUAGGUAAACCUGAAUAUAAUAUAUUUUACUAAAACUGUACAAAUAGUAUAAUAACAAGAUAUACAGCGCGGACCUAUAACAUACCUUUACACAUUUUUUUCUAUUAACCUCUUUUGCACUACCCUUUAUUGUGAAAUAUUCGCAACAAUGUAUUUAUUAUCUUUACGAAGAAAUGUCCACUUUUUAAUUAAUUAUAAAACAAUUCAUAGUAAAUAAAAGAAAUAGUAAAACUAAUAUAGUAUAAUACAGAGCAGAGUUAUAAAACCUCUUCCGUUUUAAGUUGGUUACUGACCCUCUGUACAAAAUUAUCCAAUUUGGUGCAGUCGGUCUGGAGUUAUGCAUACACAUACAUUCCGGCGAUUCAUUUCUAUUUUACCUGGUCGGUAAAACCCGUGAUAUUAUGCCCUUUAUUAAUGUGGAAUAAGAAUGUUAAAACUAUCACGAAAUUAGGACUGAAAUGUUGUUGCUUUUAUUACUAUUUAAAACACAUAGUUAUAUUCAACACGUCUAUUAUUUUUGUAGGCCUACUGUUAUUAUAAAAUACUGUAAUAUAGACCAUAUGUAAAUAUUUAUCCUAUAUGUAACAAUGUAUCA